AUGUCGCUCAAGGAUCGUAAGGAAGCCUUUGUUACAGACCUCACAGGUGGUUCCACCUUAGACAUUUACACGGUGACUUCAAUUUCCGCGUGUUCGUAUCUAAUAUGGUGCAUCCUCAAGAAGAGAACAAAGCUCUUCGAUGAUCCGAAGGACCUAUUAGGUCAAUUGGUCGAUUUCUGUCUCAAUUGGAACAAUCUUUUGUUGGCAGUGACUGCUUACAGUAACAAUAUUUCAUUGAUGAUGUUUCUUAUAGGACUUCCGGUCUUAUUCAUCAUUUUAGGUACUAAAGAUAAGAAGAGAUCACAGAGAAGAACAAUCAAGGUGAAUUUUGAGACUCUGACACCGAAACAAUUCCUUCCAUUCAAGUCCUAUAUAACCAUUUAUAGGUCCCAGAUGAUGAUUCUUACGUGCAUUUGUAUAUUGGCUGUUGACUUCCCUCUUUUCCCUAGAAGAUUCGCAAAGGUUGAAACUUGGGGUACAAGUUUAAUGGAUCUCGGCGUUGGUUCGUUUGCUUAUUCGAUGGGUGUGAUUACUGCCAGAUCUUUUCUCAGACAGCAUUUCUUGGGCAAAUAUUCUUACAUUAGAAACAUGUUCAAGGCCAUUAAAGGUUCACUGCCUAUUCUAGCUAUGGGUCUUAUACGAUUAGCCUGUGUCAAGUACUUGAAUUAUCAGGAGCAUGUUACCGAAUAUGGAAAGAACUGGAACUUCUUCUUUACGUUAGGGUUUCUUCCAUUCUUGACUAAUUUGACUGCACCGAUUGUCUUUAAGGUUUCCCCGUUAAUUCUAAGCUUAAUUAUUGGACUUUCGUAUGAGUUUGCUCUUAAUCAGGGUGGAUUGAUGGAGUUCAUAGUCACAGCACCAAGAGUGAACUUUUUUUCUGAUAACAGAGAAGGUAUAUUCUCGUUGAUAGGUUAUUUUUGUCUCUGUUUAAAUGGCUUGGCUCUUGGUUCCAUCAUUUUACCGGUAGUUCCAGCGCCUAACAACUUGAUUAAGAUGACCAACUCCAGAGAAGAUUUUAUCAAUCAACAGAAGCAGCAAAAAAGCUGUUGGACACUUACACCUCUUCAAGGACUCUCCCUAAUGACCGUUCUUUUCCAUGUCCUCUUUUAUAUUGGUGAUAGGUGCUAUACAUAUGAAGUUUCUCGUAGAAUGACGAACUUCCUGUAUGUUAUUUGGGUGUCUGCCUACAACAGUACUUUCCUAUUGUGCUACAAAUUAAUUGAAAACUUUAUUUGGGGAGAAGUUAAGGUUCAAUACUCUACAUCCAAAGAGGAUUCCAAAACCGAGCAUUCUACUGAUUUGCAUGUCCUUGAGGCUUCGGAGACGGUUCCUAUUUCUCUGACUGCGGUCAACAAUAAUAGUCUUACCCUUUUCUUAUUGGCCAACGUGGCAACAGGACUCGUCAACAUGAAUUUCGACACUUUGGAUUCCAACGAGUGGUCAGGAAUUGCUGUGUUGAUGGGAUACGAGUUUGUAUUGGCAUUGUUCACCAUGUUGAUGUAUCAUAGGGGGGUUAUUUUCAAGUGA